CGGUGAGCAUGAGCCCGGUUUUGGGUAACCCCAGCAACCGUUAGAUCCGAAAUAAAUAUUUUCCGAUUGUCAACAAGCCGCGAGUUGCCAAGUGUUAUAAAUAAUACGUGUACCUGCUACAAAGAAACAAAGAUAUAUAGUUUCCGAAAUUGGGAUUGGCAAGAUGGCCUGCUCCACAAACGUUUUGAAGGGCUUUGCCCUCUUUUGGGAUAUUAUCCUCGCGCUGUUCGGCCUGGUUGUGAUCGGCCUUGGUGUGCACAUCAUCUACAAAUUCGAGCACUUCAACACGGCCGCCUUCGUCAUCAUCGCAGUGGGCGUGGUCGUCGUUCUGACCGCCCUUUUCGGGGCUCUGGGAGCAGCGCGUGAAAGCAGUGCCACAUCCAAGGUGUUCGUUGUUAUUCUGAUUGUCUUGGUCAUACUGGAAGUUCUAGCAGUUGGGUUCCUGUGGGUUUUCCAAACCUCGCUGCUGAUUAACGUGGACAAAACGUUUGAUAAGCUGUGGAACGACCAGCCGGUGCCAAUCAAGCCUGGCAACCAGAGUCAGAUUGCCAGCCUGGAACGAUGGUUGGAUUGCUGCGGCAAUGUGGGACCCUCGGACUACAUUCUGCCCCCGAAUAGUUGCUACAACGGCGAGAGUGACAAACUGAAUCUCGAAGGAUGCCGGCAAAAGUUCCUGGACUUCAUCGCCGAUCGUUGGACGACAUUUAACCUGGUUUCCCUGGUGCUAUUGGGUGUGGAGCUGAUUUGCGCCCUGUUGGCCUAUGUCCUGGCCAAUAGCAUCGUGAACCGCUGGCGACGCUCGAAGUACUAUCAAAAAUAGGUUCACAUACCAUUUUGAAAUACAUUGAAAUGCAUUUCGAUAUUUCAAGUUUAAGCUGCGCAUACUUAAGGCCAAAGAACUCUCCAUACAAAUACUUAAG